GAACGGCAAGUACCUCAACGUGUACAUGCGCGGCUCCCCUAGUGACGUGGGACGCACCGAGGGACUCUGUGGCUCAUUGGAUGGCAACAUGGACAACGACAUCACCGCAAGCGUGGAUGACUUCAACACUUUCUGGAGGGUGAAAGAAUCCGAACUCGCUGUAUUCGGGGUACUGUCCAGAUGCCAGUAUUACAGAAGCCAUGGCUGUGGAAGAACAACCCUGGUGCGUGUGCACAGACGGCGAGCAGCUGUGCGGAGUGGACGCGUCCAGCCAGUCAUGUGCAGCUGCUGGUCGCCGGCGCCGCUCACAAGGUACAGACAUCACUUUGGAUCUUUUGAAGACGUCAUCACAGAAUCCUCCAAAUCGAUGCUUGACCAGGCAGCCUCCUGUUCAGUUCCAGUUCGACAUCAACUACUCAUUUGCUGUGGGUACGUGGCCAACAUCUACUGGAAUCACUCUUGAAAUGGCUGUAACAUCGUGCCGCAGCCAGAUCGAGGCUAACCUCAGUGCAGGUGCUUGCGGCAAGAUUGUGUCAGCUGAUCUGACAGCAGCAAUUGACACCUGUGUAGAGGAUGUUCAGAUUACUGAAUCACUCACCUGGGUGGCGUCUGCCUUCAAGACUCUCCUUCAGAUGUGUUCAACGAGCAUCGAAUUUGACCUCAGUCUUUGGAAGCAAGUUACCAUUAAUGGCACAGUUGUCGAUGAGCCACCAACAGACAUUUUUGACACCAUUCUCUGUCCAUCAAACUGCACUGGACACGGCCUUUGCGUUGAAGGUCAAUGCCAGUGUCAAGGGAACUUCUCUGGAGAUGACUGCGCGCUGGAUCUUGGCAAUCCACCAGUAGUGUUCCCAACAGACAAGGCGUGUGACAGACUUGAGGACUCCUGUCUCAACGUCACUGUAUUCGGCUCUGGUUUUGUCUCCUCAACCGAUCUUGUCUGCUUUGUGCAGGAGCUUACGAUUACCCAGGAUGGUUUUGUGCAACAAGACACAGAGGCGACACCAGUCACAGCAAGUUUCAUCAGUUCUCAGCAGGUAAUAUGUUCACUCAGAAAAGUCGGCAUAUACAACAUCAGCAUCAGCAACCGACGGGAUCUCCGAUUUAGCAGCACCUUCAUCACAUACGUCUCCUAUGACUCAGGCUGUUAUAACUGCUCUCUGACUGGCUGCACUAAAAACAGCGGAGUAUGUGUAAUAAAUGGUACAUGCUAUGGUGACGGUUUUGUGAAUCUCUUCAACCCUACACAGCGCUGUACCAAUGGCAGUAGCGUCUGGACCAUUAUCAAAAAAGAAGAGAUUGUGUCCAAGACCUACAACUUCCUUAGCAUUGACGGCACAGUAUUGGUGACCACAAGUGGAAAUGUAACUGCCAUCGGUGCACCUGUUCUAAACAGUCAGGCCGUGGAGCUGAACGGUGUUGAUCAGUACCUUGAUUUUACAAACGCCACUAGUUUAUGCGCCUUCAAGCCGGAAGCCUGCCUUUUAGGUCUGUCCGUGACCUUCAACCUAAAGUUAAAACAAGUGCUGGGAGAUGAGUACAUUUUCACCAGCGGCGGGGAUGAAGAAAAUGGGCAGGGCCUCUCCUUGUACUUCCACCUUGGACGAUUGUUCCUCACGGUCAGCACCAAGGACCUGGUGUGGUCUGUUUCCGUUCCUACAUCUGUCCUCCGUCUUAAUGUCUUCAUGUCCAUUGAGUUCUCCUGGAGCCGCCAGUCAGGACUGGAGCUUCUGGUAGACAGAGUCGUUGUCGCCCGCACCACGACCUACAUCCGACGUCAGAUUCUCGGCGUUUCCCGCACAAACUUUUUUGUAGGCCGCUCUCUGGGCUUCCCAGCCAACCGCAGUGUCUUUGCUGGAAUAGCGAUAGAGGCCUGGUCAUUCACACAUAGCACUCGUCAAGUCCGUGACGCGUUACUGCCCGUUGAGUCGACGACAGUGCUGACGACCACUUCCCCUGCAGCAAACGCGACAACAGUCGCCACACAGUCGAACACAACUAGCACCGGUACCAUGUCAACAGUAAACGUCACAGGUGUGCUAAACGCUACUGAGGGCGUGACAAGUGUGACAGAUUUUAUGACAACAAGUGUCUCAAAUGUGACGGGUAUCGGAACUACGGGAUCCCUUUCCACCAUCUCUGCAACAAUUGUCACCAAUUCUACUCAAAAUGCAACUUUGUCCUCGGUGACAGGAGCUGCCAACACAACAGGAACAGGAACAAAUACAAUACAACCUACUACUGUACCUACAGUGACAGGUUUCACAAAUGCCACAGGAAGAUCAGAAACCCUCAUUACAUCUGGAACCACAGCCACAGUGCCAACCUCAGGGACAGCAGGCACCUUCACCACACUGGCUCAAGUGUCUGGGUUGCCUUCGCAGCAAGUUAAUACAACAACGAUGCCCACAGCAAUCAACCAAACACAGACUACUGUAUUACUACGCAAUACAACAUCAGUUUCUCAACAGCCUAUAGUGAACCAGACACAGACCACUAUCUCCUAUAAUACCACAUCAAUUUCUACACAACCAGCAAUGAACCAGACACAGACUACAGUGUUCCAGCUAAAUACUACUACAUCAAUUUCUUCACAGCUACCAAUCAGCCAGACACAGACCACUGUAUCUCUACUUAAUACUACAUCUAUUUCUACACAGCAAGCAAUCAACCAGACACAGACCACUGUGUCCUUGCGGACUACUACAUCAUUAGUCAACCAGACACAGUCCAUUGUGCCUCUGCUUAACACUACGGUUUCAUUACAACCAGCAGUCAACCAGACACAGACCACUGCAUCCCUGCUAAAUACUUCAUCAACUCCUUCACAGCCAGCAAUCAACCAGACACAGCCUUCUAGACCUGAGCUAAAUACUACUGCUAUUGUUCAAACGCAGCUACCAGCCAACCAAACACAAAGCACUGUUUUCACAUUAAUGACAACUACUUCAGUCCAGACCAGGGCAGGUACAUCCUUAAGUUCAUCAUCUAUUUCAUCUGAUCCCCAGACAACGCAAAUGCCGUUGACUUCAACAGCGGCAAUCACAACUGCAGCAAUGACAACUUUGUCUUCUACUUCAACACCAUGCAUUGCCUCGACCACCGGCUAUCCCAAUAUGACAGGACCUCCGACUGUAAGCAACGCUGUGCUAUCGUCAAGUGUUCGGUUCGACUGUACCGUGAGACCAGCCAGUCUCGCCAGUACAACCUACACAGUCGAGUGGUCCAGUGGGGGGGUGGUGUUGCUGUCAUCUGAUCUCACGGGCUCAGCCACCGUGCACUCGCUGGAUUCUUCUAGUCUCAACCAGGCGUCAAGGAACUCCAUUCUCGACAAUGGCAUUACAUGCUCAGUGACGGCCAUAAGCACUGCCCUCUGCGGUUACAUCCGAAGUCCUCCUCUGUCGUCCUCUCUCGCACCCACGAAACUCCAGGUUGUCCUGCCAUCCCAGGCGCUGGUUCGAGCUUCUGAGAUUAUUACCGUCAGUGUUGGUUUUAAGAACUCGGUGACAGCAUCGUUCUACUGCCUGCUCAAGUACGGCCGCAUGUGCACAGUGGAACUGGAGGCCCGCACCAGCCAGUCACGCCCAUGGAAAUGCAUCGGCAGCCUCAGCAUCCAGGCUCUGGUCGUAAAAUCUGUCUCCCCCACCGGCAGUGAAGUAUGCGGCACUCAGCUGUCCGCGUCCAGCACCUCGAUGCAAGAACUUCUACUGCGGGCUGUGGUGAACAACAUUGUUCGCUCCCAAGUCAAGGUGGAAGUAGAGGUCAGCCAGGUGGACAUUGUCAAUGGUCAACGCACAUAUACGUCUAUCCUCAACAAAUUUGACGUGAAUGUGGAGAGUGCAUACAAAAGAGACUCACAUUGCUUCAUAUAUGCGGAUCCCCACUUCAAGACCUUUGAUGGCGUAUACUAUGAUGUCAUGCGACCUGGACCUUUCGUGAUCUACAAAAACAAGCUGUUUCCAGUGGAGGUCGAGGGCUACUUCCAAGUAGUUGGCAGAGGGGUGCAGGCCUGCGGCUACGGCAUCCGCUCUGCUGAUGACGUCAUCCGUGUAAGUCGCUGCAACUCGCCCUUAACAACCAAAAUUUUCCUGAACGGCAAUUUGACACCCGGCACCCGCAUUUAUCAGGAAGACGAAGGAAACAUUAUUAAGGUGUUGCUGCCCACGGGUACAGUAGCUAUCGUUACUGCCGGCACACAGACUGAGCUCGGCCUUGAAAUCAGACCGUCUGUUCUUGACGUGAACCAGACUCAAGGUCUGUGCGGGGUGUUCGAUGGCAACAUUUUAAACGACCUGACAUCGCGCUACGACCGUGUAACACCUGUCACCAGCUCACGCAUAACACGAGAUCCCAACGACUUCAGCAUGACUUGGAUCAACGAUGAGUCCCAGUCAUUCUACGGAGGCUUCAAAGGCACCGCCAGCUUUGACACAUCCACUUAUUGCACCUGUGAGCGCAGCAAGCUGAUUUCCUGCUCUCCUCAGGGUUAUAUCUCAGACUGUGGUGUAUCCAUUUCCGGAAAGGAAAUAACACAAACACUAUUGGAGGAUCACUACCAGACACGGGCUGUUCAGAACUUGCAAAGACGCAAGCGUCAGACGACCGGCGAAGUCUUCACCUAUGAUCCUUACUUUAACGCUUCUGAUAGUGCCACUUGGCCAACUCAGAGUGGUAAAACGGAGAGCCAGGCUCGAGCAGCGUGUUCCAACAGGGUGAUCAGCUCGCAAGCAUACCUGCAGUGUAAAGAUUUCUCUCCUGACAACUUCACCACAGAGAUUGAAAAUUGUGUGAGGGAUGUACAGCUGACGGACAAUCUGGACUGGUCAGACUCCGCCUUGCAGACGGCACAGAAGCUCUGCGGCUCCACGAUUGCAACGGACUCGAAUCUCUGGGUGGACAGCAACCCCACGGAUGAGAGCGUUCCCGCAACAAUUCAAUCCAACAUUGCCAACACACUGUGCCAGAACCAGUGCAGUGGUCACGGCAGCUGUCAAAACGGUGUUUGCUCCUGUGACAGUAAAUACGGUGGCAUCGACUGCUCUUUCGAAAAGUCCCAAGCACCAACUGUUGACGUCGUAUUCAGCAGUGUCAUGUGCCAGACGAACUUAGGCUCCUGCAACCGCACGAUCGUCCGGGGAUAUAAUUUCAUGAACCUGUUGCCUGGAUUUCUGUCUUGUCAUCUGACCCCCAUACAGGUGGACCAAACAGGAUGGACGCGCAGCGGCCCUAGUGUCACCGUGUCUGCUGAAUACCGCAGUAGGUACGAGGUGGUUUGUAACCUGCCAGCCGAGAGAAGCUACACCAUCGCCAUCAGUAACGACCAGCGCUCCACCAGCAUCAGCGAAGCUCUCUUCCUCACCUACGACUCCCAAUGUUUUGUUUGCAGCAUCAGCAACGACUCACAGAGUGCAACCUGCACCUUGAAGCCACUGACAUGCUUUAUUGGAGGAAUGUGCUUCCUUGAGAAACAAAAAAAUCCAGCUGACUCCUGUCUCGCGUGCCAGCCGUCCAAGUCACAGACAUCUUGGACUCAGGCCAACGCUCUCGGAUGCACUACCUCGACAUCCUCAUCGACGACAGUGAAACUAGCCAGCGACCAAGCGUCACGUUUCCGGUCGGAAACAAUCAUCAUCGCAGUAUCCAUUAGCGCUGUUGUGUUUGUACUCAUCGUUAUCGCCGUCGUUGCUUACAUCGUUCGAAGACGAAGGGGAUCCCGCAGCUUAACACGCUCCACAAUCUCAGAAGAGGCAUCUCAGUAUGAGCAUGUGUACGACGGGUCGCGUGGCCUGCGGACAGAAAAAGGACUGACCUUUACAAACCCUACUGUCUACGAAAAUUAUACGCCCUCCAUCUAGAGCUGCACUCCGUGACCUCACCUGAACCUAACAACCUCUUCGACGCCAAAGAUUUUUUGCUCAUGAGUUUUCAAAGCCAAAAUCUUACUGUUCGAUACUUCAAUGGCAAGUACUUCUCCAGGGAAACAGUAAACUAAAACGAAGCACUGUGUUGAAUGACCGCUUGUGAAUUCAUACACCACUCACAUAUCCCUUUAUCCCAUGAUUUUUGUUUUGCGUUUUUAUGUUGUUACUUUAACAUUCCCUUAACAAGUAUACUUAUAAAAAAAAAAACGUUGACACUGAACUCUAGAAAACUAUUUCCUAAUAUUUGUUAAUGUGAUCACCGUGUUUGCGAUAUAAUAUUGACUUUGUUGUUGUUGACGAUAACUUAAGACCUCAUUCAACAAUUUCCUUUUCCUAUAUAUACAUACGCUUUUGUAAAAUCAGAGAAGACUUACGUAUGGCAAAAAUAUAUUGAUGUUAAUGAUGUUCACAGAAAAGUAUUAUUAAAGAUUGUUCUAUUUUUUAUCUGCCGACCUCGUUUACACUGUUCUGUUUUACGGUUGCUCGGUUGUUCCUUGCAAAGGCCAACUGUUAAAAUCACAACUUGAUCCAACCUUUGUUGUGAAAAGACUGAAAGCAAACUAUGUCCUCUUUUCAAGUUCUUUCUCGGGAAGGAGCUGCGAAUGUGAGAACAGUUCUUCACUUAGCGUGUCUGUCUUGACUAGAUAUUGUUUAAAGAUCUACUACAGCGUAAAACAUUUUUCUCAAAUGAUGGAGCUGAGUACUGUACGAAGAUUACGUUUUCCAAAAUCUGAGUGAAUACCCAUAAGUCGUCUCGAGAUACAUGCCUGAAAACAUCAUUCUGCACAGGAGGUCAUACCAGUGACAUUAAGAUUGGCCACAACUACACCUAAAUAACUUAUGGUCCCUGCGACUGUAGUCAUGACAUCGAAAUGGUAAAAAUGCACAUAUAAUAACCCUUUAUAGCGCGGAAUCCCAGGACGUGGUCAGGAUCUCUGAACACGAAAUACAACUGGUAAAGGAAGCGUGUAAAAUAACUGUUCUCUAUCUUGGAAAAAAACCGCGCACACACAACUUAACAAUGAACAUCUGGACAGAGCGAGAAUUCUUCAGAUCUUUGUGACCCCUGCUGUACAUGCUGUCAUCCGAGAAAAGCCAAUGAAAGUCCGGGUGUUGUAAACAAGCACUCAUGCAUUCACCAAAUAAGAUGACAAUUCUUUCCAGCCAGUCCAAGUACAAAAUAUUGACUUAGAGCUGUUGUAAACUGCCGGUCAAUCUGCUUUAUCUGCUGUUGCCAUUAAGACCUUUUUCUCUGACAACCCUAUGAACUGGAUUCAGUUUGUUCAUUGUAUCAAUGCUGGAUAUAUAAAAUGCUGGAUAAUAAAAAGAGGAAAUUCACUAA